AGGGAAAUAAGUCCUACAACGCCGAAGAAGCAUAAUAUUGAUUGUUUUCGCCAGUAAUUUGUAAAGGUACAGGAGCCAUGAAACAGCUAGUCAUCUGGUUUGCCCUCAUUGUUGUGCGGCUAGCAUGGACACUGCUGCCUCAGGCGAGCUAUAUCCACCCUGAUGAGUUCUUUCAGACUGUAGAAGUGGUUGCAGGUGAUGUUUUCAAUACAAGCAUUGUGAGAACUUGGGAGUUUACGUCUACAUUUCCUCUCCGCAGCAUAACAGUGAACAAGAUCCUGUUUCAUCCAUCAUUCAGACUGUUGGAUCAUCUGAGUACAGCCGGAAUUGUCACUUUAAGUGGCUACAGUGUACUGAUUGCCUCAAGACUGGUCAUGUUUGUGUUGAGCUUAUGGGUAGACUUUUGUGUUUUCAAAAUCUGCAAACUCAUAGGUGCUCAGGGUGUAAAAGCUGCUUUAAUUCUUGCAAGCUCCUAUGUGACCAUGACUUUUCAGUGUCAUUCAUUUUCAAAUUCUGUAGAAACUGUAGUUGUGAUUUCAGAUUUUUUGUUACUGAUUUUAAUGAUCAAGCACAAGUUUGAAAGAGAAACUUCGGUAAAGAAAGAUAAAAGAAAAGAGACAACACCGUCUGAAAUAUAUGCGGAGCUGAUUUCCGACAGCUCACCUGAUGGCUUUGAAUUACGACAUAAGACAGCUUUUGCUAGAGCACGAAGACGGGUGCAUUCAAGUGAAUCUGAAAACACAGAGGCAAAUGUAGUUGAGACUAAGGGAAACUCUUACAAUCAAUGCUCAUACUCUGAGUGUGUUAAUCCAGAUAGUUUAUGCUACAUAUACAUUGUCUUGUUUAGCAUUUUGACAGUUGUCGGAAUAUUUAAUCGACCAACUUUUGUGUUAUUUGGAUUUUUGUUAUUUUUCUGGUGGAAUGAUAUUUACAACACAGACAGACUGUAUUACAGAUAUUUUCUUAUAAUGUUUAUUUCUUCAGCAAUAACAACUAUAGUAAUUAGUGUUUUUGAAAUCUUGUACUUUUGUGAUAAUCUGCAGAAACUGUAUGAAAACCCAAUAUUAACUUUUCGGUACAUUACACCAAUUAAUUUUUUCCUGUACAAUAUGUCACCUUCAAAUGUCAGUGAGCACGGUCAUCAUCCAUUCUAUGUCCAUCUUUUGGUGAACAUGCCCAUGUUGCUAGGGCCACUAUUGUUUCCAUUAUGGCAGAACAUUUUCAGCAGGAUUUACAAUUACUAUUUCAGAAGAAUUGAGAAAGAUAUUCCGGAAAAUCUGUCUGUUAAGCAAGAUAAAAACAAUGCUAUAGACAUGUUUAGCUCCAACAGUCAGAGUUCAGACUCAAAAGACAAGACUGUCUCACAAAAACCCGUCUCAGUAGAAUUGCGUCUGCAGCAUAAUAUCAAAAAUAACAUAUUGUUCUUUAUUUAUUUGCCUGUUAUAAUUUUGUCCUUCAUUCCUCACCAAGAACUUAGAUUUCUAAUACCAGUGGUACCUCUAGCUGUUAUUAGUGUAACCGUAGUUAGAAAAAAUUUAGUAGGAAUGGGUAUUUUUUUUUGGAUGUUAUUCGUAUGUUUUAAUAUUUUCAUGGGUAUUGUUUUUGGUAUCUUCCAUCAAGCAGGGGUUGUGCCAUGUUUAAUGGGGUUAGAAGGUUUGACAAAGGUUGAUAUGAAUAGCAACAACAGUGGUGCAAAAAUUAAUCUGGCAUUUAGUCACACGUAUAUGCCACCCAAACACGUAUUGUUGGACCAUGGGGACCAUAUCAAUCUUAUUGACUUUAAAGGAAAACCUAUUGACCAUGUAUGUAGCUGUUUCCAAAAUAUGGAGAACUCUUUAACAGAUCAGACAAGACAUGAUUGUCAUGGAUUAUCAGGAAAGAUUGCAUAUUUGGCUAUACCAGGAUCAGUAGUGGAAGAAAUGAGAAGUCAUUGUGGACAGUUUAUUUAUCUUGAACUUGUUGAAAAAUUCUUUCCUCAUGUAUCAUUUGAAGAUUUACCUGAGCUUAGAAAGAUAAGGACAUUGGGAAAUCUGUAUGAUCAGAUGUCUUUACAUUUGUAUAAAGUAAAGUUGUUGUGAUUUUAGAUAUGGAAAUAGCAGAUUUUUUUUGUGUUAAAUGUCUUUAACUUUCUGGAAAUACUAUUAUAUAUCAAUGAAUAUAUACCCCUUUUAUUUUCAAUCCCAAGAGGUUGUAGGUUUGAUCCCUACCAGGGUUUCUUUCUCCUGACCUCUCAGGAAGGACACCAGUACUUGUUUCUGCCUAGGAAGCAGAGUUGAGAGUGAGUUUAUUCAGCCUUAAGCAGACCAGAUGCAAUUGUUUUGAAUCAUUAUGUCUCCCCCAUAAAUGGGGAGACAUGUUGUUUUUGCUCGAUUUCUCGAUGUCUCACUUUUUCAUUUUGCUAUGAAAACUUCUCACUUUUUCAUUAAACAGAAUUAUUAUAUGUCAUGAUUUAUCAUAUUCUUAUGAUACACUGUCAUGUCAUACUGUAAUUUACUUGCAAAACAAAAUGUGUCAUUGGAAAAAUAUGUUUUCGAGAUAAUUAAUUUAAAUUAACCUUCCUCCAAAGUCUUUUAAAAAGUUCUGCGUAAUAAUAUUAGCUAUGAUGAUGUUCAGACAAUAAGUGAAUGAAGUAAAUAUUAUUAAUUUCUUCCUUUUUCAAAAUAGAAAUGUUUCUUUGCCUUUGAUCAUUACUAAUAGUAAUGUUUCUUUGCCUUUCAUCAUUACGAAUAGUAAUGUUUCUUUGCCUUUGAUCAUUACUACAAAUUAAUUGAUCACUUGUUGUAAAAGUUUCCUUUUAGCAUUUAUCAAACCUUUUUUAAGCAGUCGUUUCACCCUUGUGGAGUUGUUUCUUUACAUUCAGUUUCACUCACAUACUGUGGCUAAAUUCACUUAGUCAUUAUUGCCUGAUGUAAAAUCUCUAAAAUAAAUAAGUAUAUAUACA